AUGGACCAGGAGAAGCAAGGGCCAUGGCAAGAGGAAGGAAUCGGCGCUUUGGGCCCCAUGCCUGACGACGAUGCUGGCGAAUCGUCGUCUCACUUUGUUGCGCAUGUCGUACUUGCGGAGGAUGCAGAUGUCGCGGCUAUGGGCUUGCUACUCGAGCAGCAUCUUCAGCGCAUAUGUUCAUUGCCUCCGCCCGAAGGCGUGAAUGGGUAUAUUUGGGAUCGUGAGCCGCCUAUGGUGCUGCAAGUACCAGAGGGCACCGAAAAGGCACUCGAAGUGUCCAUGCGCGUGCAAGAGUGUGUUGAUGAUGAAUGGUUCUUGACGUAUGUGCUGCGUGAGUGGACCAAGACGUAUACCGAUGUGUGCAUCCGUGUGAACGACGAAGACGGGGAGUUUCUCUUGAUCGAGGCUGCCGAUGCACUGCCAUCAUGGGCCCAGCCAGAUACGACACAGAAUCGUGUGUGGAUCUAUCAGGCGCAACUGCAUUUAAUUCCGAUCGAUGCGUCGUCGCGGGACACGUCUCUCUCGGUAUCUGAGGCUGUGCGUCUCGUUCGCGAUCCACACUGCGCUACACAAGCGCCAUCUCUCGUACAAGACAAGGCAUUUGCACGCGUCGAUGCGUAUCCAGCUGCUGCAUUGACGCACCAUCACACGACACUCGCUUUCCUUCCGCCAAAUGCUGCCAAAGUAUUUGCCACAUACCCGCAGAGUACCGCCGAGGCUGUGCAUGCACUAGAAAGUCGCGAUGCGGUCAGUGUGCGCAGUCUUCGACAUCUUCCAACGCCAUUGCGCGUCCAGGCAUGCAACGAAGUCGACGACGACGCCGCGACGGUCCCCAAACCACCGGCGACAGAUGCCGUUCUUGUGCGUGUUACGUUGACGCGACAUUUGUAUGCACGAUUGUCGUAUGAUCGGUUCUUUGCACCUGCAUCACUUGGACGUCGUUGGCAGCGCUUCGUCGAGCUCUAUCGCUUGGCGAAGCGAGGAGAAGCUUCAAUGGCUGAGAAGAAUGAUCUUGCUCUCUGGGGACGUUGGUGUGAUACAGGCGCCAAACUAGUUGCCGGUCUCGCUAUGUGGCUCGAUACUCUUGGCCGGCGGCAAAUGACACAGAUGCAAGAUGCCUUAUCGUCGUCUUCGUCCAGUAGUCCAACAAUGGCGCCACAUCGAUACGAACAGUUCAUCGCUGCCUUGACAAAGUUUGGGUUCUUUGGCAACGAGCUCUGUGGAAGCGCGGCUUGGAAAGAACGAGAAGCACAAGCUGCAGCGACAGCCGCGCGUCUAGGUUCUGUUUCACCUGGGUCUGCGGAAUCGUCACGAUCAUCAUCCGGCGUAUCGUAUCGACAGAUCCUUUCCGCCAUGCAAGCACAGGAUCCUGAGAAAGAGCUUUGGCAGGCUCUACCGCUUACGUCACAGAGUAUCCCGUCGCUACAAAUGCACGAGGAUAGCGAAGCAUGGUUGUCGAUGGCACCCCAGGACAUUGAGGCACUACUUAGUGGCAGGACACAGGAUGAGGCCGAGGAUGCUUCUAUGGACAGGUUUCAGUCCUUCAUGUCCAAGAUGCAAUCAUUUUUGCAUCGUCAAGGUGAUGUUGAGGGCGCUUUAUUUGACGACGACGCAAACUUCGAUACCCUAGAGGAUGGCGAUGAAGCUGGUGCUGACGCAGAUGCCAAUGACUCGUCCGACUCUGAGGCGGAGCGAAAAGCCCGCAUGGACGCGCUCGUCGAACCGUUAGCCCCUGGGGAAUGGGGCGCAGAGUCAGCCAAGGCGCAUGAUGGUUCACUCGCUUCAGACGACAAGGCAGCCACCACGGUGCAGGCUCAUUCCAAGUCUAUGACCCAUUUGCAACCUGCCCUUCAUCCACGAGGUGAAAAACGAACAAACCGCCUGGCUGGACUGUCCAGGCUGGAGCGAUUCGAUGGCGACAGCGACUCGGACGAGGCGUCGUUGCCUGACGAUGAUCACGACGCGGCAGAAGACCGGGCGGAGCGGCAUCGUGCUUUGGAGAUGAUAGAUGAUGACGAACCAGAAGAUGAUGAGGAAGAUGCUCCUAUUGAGCAGGACAUGGGUGACUUUUUCGAGUUCACGCGACGCACACUGGGUUUAUCGGAUUCUCAGUACGCUGAGAUUCUAGAAGAGCGACGAAAUCGAGGCGCCUUCGUGCCUUCGGCAGCUUGUCCCGAUACGUGGGCCGAGAAAGUCCAUGACUCCAAGUCCACAGAUUCGACGAUGUCGGAAACUGCUGCGCUGAUGCCGACGACAACGACGAAGCCAUCUCUUGCGUCCCUGGACGCGGCGCUGGAUGCCAUGGAGCAAGAACUUCAGGAGCGGACGAGACCAUCCACGUCUACGUCAUCAGGACGUGCUAUGCUGUCGGAUCCAAUGGAGGAGGAUGAAGAUGCGGAUGAUCUGAACGAAGAAGAAACUGAGUUGCUACAUCAUCUGUUGGCGUCUGGCAUGUCGUUACCUGAGAGUCUCCAGCGUUUCGCUACCGAGCAUGAUGUACAUAACGCGGACGUUGAAAUGCUGGGUCAUUUCCUCGAGAGUUUCAAGGCGCAAAACGGGCAUCCUGGUCCUGUUGGUACGUUGAGUCAGCGCCUCGGUGUUGGUUCUUUGCCUCGCGACACUGAUCGGGCGUGA